AUGUUAUCACUGAACAGGGAAGCAACGAAAGAGGAAUACGAAGCAUGUUAUAAUGUUGUCAAGGAAUGUGUCUCGCCCGAAAUCCCGUACGAUCCUACGAGCGCUGAAUCCUUUCGUCGAUGUAUAACACAAAUGUUACCGUUACUGAUGAUGAGGCAUCGCCGCAUACCCCGCGCAAAAUGGACUGACUACAAGACUUCCUCUGGAAAGCACUGGAUUGAACAGUCUCCGGAAGACAUGUCGCCUGAAAAAUUCUUACACUCAAUGAUUGGUUAUCACUUGACCUACUCCGAAUCUCUAUGUGGCAUGGCUAUGACCCAAGGCACUCAACGCAAAGUCGUCAACAUCGGUAUCGGGAUUAGACGAAUAGAAGUGGAGCCGCGAGGAAUCACAGCUCGGGCGUACGUAGAAAGUAUGGCGCAUAAGCUGACGCGCAAAGAACAAGCGCUCAUCCUCAAAGAAGGACUCUCUGACGAGGUGGUUCUGCGCCGGGUGAGUAUCGUGCUCACCCUGAAAGAAGCUUAUAACCAUGCUGUGGGCCAACCUGUCGGUUUUGAUUAUUCUCGAUUGGAGUUUAUUGUCGAGGGCUCUCAUCCUUCGCAUAAAACGGAAGAAACUCCAUAUGCGCUCGGAGACAACAUUCCUUUGCAGGGAUGGGAAUUUCGUUUAUUCAAAGCUCAAUUGGGCGUGGCACGGCAGGAUCAGCUCUCGCAGGAGAAUUAUCAGUGCGUCUGUGCAUUCUUCAGAGGGACAAGAGGGGAGAGUAGAUUUGUAUGGUAUAAUUCUGAGAAGGAGUUGGAGAAUUGGGUGCAAUUCAUUAAUAUUGACCAAAUGAUUAAGGUCAUUCCAAAGCUACUGGCGUAG